GCUGCUGUUUGAAACAUAACAAGGUUCAAAAGUUAAAGUGACAUAAAGAAGGUAAAGAAGUAAGGAUGGCAGUUUGGGACAAACAGAUUCCCUGGAUCUUUAUGAUGCUUCUGGCUGGUGCUGCUGGUGCAGCUGUAAACUAUCCAGGUUCUGUUUGUGCUGUAAGAGGAUCGACUGUCAUCCUGCCCUGCACCUUCACACCACGGAGGUCUUUCACUCAGAAUGGUAGAGAAGUUCCACUGAAGAUCAUCAGAGUCCGCUGGUGUGUGAAUCAUCUUAUUUGUCAUGACACCACCCCAUCUGUGUAUGACAGCUCAUCACCAACAGCCAACCCUCGUUACAAAUACCUGGGAGACAUGACUGGAAACUGCACUUUACAGAUCAGUAAUAUUCAGAUGAAUGACAGCACAACCUUCCGCUUCAGGAUGGAAGCUGACGACAGAGCAGGACAUUUUAUUGACCAGUCAGGAGUGAACUUCACAGUUACUGAAGUGCCUGAAAUGAUAAUUCAGAGCUCCAGAGAUGCCGGAGAGCUGAGCUGUACAUCAGUCUGCAGCUUCCACCAGCUGGAGGUCAGCUGGUUUAAAGAUGGAAACGCCCUCCCACAGUCUGGCCCCGCCCUCCAGCUCGGCCCGCUGACUGCAAAGGAUUCUGGGAACUACACCUGUGCUCUGAAAGCUGAUGAGAGAACAACCUCCCUGCCGUUCACUGUGCGUGUGGAGAAGGACGAUGAAGGCCUGAAUCAUGACACAUGGGACAAACGGAUGAUAGUUCGUGUGGUUCUGUUCACGCUGCACCCUUUGCUCAUCGUCAUAGUGACAGCUGUCAUCAUCAAAAGAACAUGUCUUUGCAAGAGAACUGAAAGUCAUGUGACAGGAGAACCAUAAUUGACCACUAGAUGGCAAUGUACCAACAAGUGAUCACGUGACUGAAACUAGACUUUCUUCAGUCUAAACUUCCUUACUUCUGAGCACAUAUGUUAAACAGUAAUCAAUGAUCUAAUAUUCUUUAGUAAACAGUUCAUAUUGUUGAAAUGCUUGCACAUACAAUCUUAUUUAAAAGAAACUGAAAGGAGAAUUUACAUGUUGAUUUAUUUACAGUUAAUAUUUGUAGUAAUAUAAAAAAGUUAAUUGUUUGAUUCUUUUAGUUUA